AUGACCUACUUCCGCUCGGUGAUUAACGCCCAGAGUGCCUUUUCGGCACAGGCCCGUCGUGCGUUCUCGACGGCGAUGUAUGGCAACAACUCCACGGCAGCUGCUACUGGUGUGAAGAAGAGCUGUGUCAACCCAGAAAUGUUGUACCUCCAGCCUCGUUGGCACGCCAAGAAGGAUCUGGCAUCGCAGCAGCAAGGCACUGGAAAGGUCCUUGUGGGUAUGAUCCAGAAGCGGUGGAAUUCUGCAUCUGCUCAGCCUAUUCAGACUGGCUCGAUCGAGAAAUUGCGUAACAUCGGUAUCUCGGCGCAUAUUGAUUCCGGAAAGACGACGUUGACGGAGCGCGUGUUGUUCUACACAGGUCGUAUCAACCAGAUCCACGAAGUCCGUGGAAAGGACAAUGUCGGCGCCAAGAUGGACUCGAUGGAACUUGAACGUGAGAAGGGAAUCACCAUUCAGAGUGCCGCUACUUAUGCGGCCUGGAAGGAUUUUAACUUCAACAUUAUCGAUACUCCUGGGCACGUCGAUUUCACGAUUGAGGUCGAGAGAGCGUUGCGUGUGUUGGAUGGUGCGGUUCUAGUGCUGUGCGCUGUCAGUGGUGUGCAGUCGCAGACUAUCACGGUCGAUCGUCAAAUGAAGCGUUAUAGUGUCCCCAGAAUCUGCUUCAUUAACAAGAUGGAUCGUGCUGGAGCGAAUCCCUGGAAGGUCGUGGAGGCUCUCCGCACGAAGCUGAAGAUGCACGCUGCUGCAUUGCAGAUCCCUAUGGGCGCUGAGGACAACUUCAAAGGCGUCAUCGAUCUCCUCAAGUGGAAGGCACUUGCCUUCGAGGGAGCCGAUGGUGUUGAUGUGGUUGAGAGCGAGAUCCCUGAGGAGUUUAUGGAGCUCGCAAAGGCCAAACGCGCCGAGUUGUUCGAGCAUUUGGCAGAGGUCGAUGAGACCAUGUCGGACAUGUUCAUCAUGGAGGAGAACCCUACGAGCGAGCAGCUGGCCGAGGCCAUCCGUCGCGCGACUAUUGCCCGUAAGUUCAUUCCUGUGAUGAUGGGAUCUGCUAUCAAGAACAAGGGCGUCCAGCCCCUGCUUGAUGCUGUCUGCGCUUAUCUCCCCAGCCCCAAUGAGGUCACCAACGCUGCAUUGGAUAUUAAGAACGAUGAGGCCAAGAUUGAGCUCUCCUCCGAUGACAAGGAUCCUUUGGUUGGUUUGGCGUUCAAACUGGAGGAGGGUCGCUUUGGUCAACUUACGUACAUGCGUGUGUACCAGGGUAUGUUGCGUCGCGGCGGAUUUAUCACGAACGUCAGGAACGACAAGAAGGUCAAGGUGCCCCGUCUGGUGCGCAUGCACGCCGAUGAGCUUGAGGAUGUCGAUGAGGUCGGACCAGGAGAGAUUUGCGCGAUGUUCGGAGUAGAUUGUUCCUCAGGAGAUACCUUCACGGAUGGUUCGGUCCAGUACACGAUGACAUCGAUGUUUGUGCCCAAUCCCGUCAUUUCACUGUCGCUUAAGCCUAAGGGCAAGGAGACCCCCAACUUCUCGAAGGCUCUGAACCGUUUCCAGAAGGAGGAUCCAACCUUCAAGGUCCAUGUCGAUUCCGAGACGAAGGAAACGAUUAUUUCGGGAAUGGGAGAGCUGCACUUGGAGAUUUAUGUCGAGCGCAUGCGUCGUGAGUACAGUGUGGACUGCGUCACGGGUAAGCCUCAGGUCGCUUUCCGUGAGGCGAUUACAGAUGGCGCCAAGUUCAACUACACGCACAAGAAGCAGUCUGGAGGAGCUGGUCAGUAUGGUCGCGUGCAGGGAUACAUUGAGCCGGCGGAGAUUGACGAGGAGGGUACCGAUGCCUUCUUUGAGAGCCGAGUCGUUGGAGGCAACAUUCCUACGAACUAUAUCCCAGCUUGUGAGAAGGGAUUCCGGGAGGGUAUGCUGAAGGGUUUCUUGAUCGGACAUCCAAUCACAGGAGUGCGCAUGGUGCUCGAGGAUGGAGCUGCCCAUGCUGUGGAUUCGUCCGAGUUGGCGUUCAAAAUUGCGACAUUGAACGCGUUCAAGGAGGCAUACAUGAAGGCAAACCCUGUGAUCAUGGAACCGAUCAUGAAGGUGGAUGUGACGGCACCGGUCGAAUUCCAGGGAACGGUAAUUGGAGGAAUCAACAAGCGUAAGGGAACGAUUGUGGAUACGGAGUCUGGGGAGGAUUACUUCAGCUGUGUGGCCGAGGUGUCGUUGAACGCGAUGUUUGGAUAUGCGUCCGAGAUUCGUGGUCAAUCGCAGGGUAAGGGAGAGUUCUCGAUGGAGUACUUGAGGCACCAGAAGGUGCAGCCCCAAGAACAGAUGGAGUUGAUUAAGGCGUACCAGAAGAAGCAGAAGGAGGAUCAGAAGUAG